CAGUGUGCGGGAUUCUCGCUAUUGGUUUUGCCUGAAGUUAGAAUGACCUUUGUCUCAUUUCCUCUUGUAAAGGAAAGAAGAAUCUCGACUUCACUGUGCAGCUCAGUAUUUGGGAUAAAUCCUUAAAAUAACAUUAUCCUGUAAAUGUGCCCGUAGCGUUUGACAGACUGACGCAUUAGUGGUUAAUAGUCCACGCAGUUGGAGUCAGUGUGCGCUUAAGACGCGAGUCGGAAUGCACUUUGGACCCCGAACAGGGAUUGAGUCCAGUGGAGGUAAACCGUUCCCAGUUUGUAAUUUGACAGAUAUAUUCUGGGUGUUGUCUAAAUAAAGGGAAGUAGCCUUGAACUCGGCGGGCGGGCAGCCAAGCAGUAUGUAUGAGAGCAGAGCGGAUGAUGCUGGAUGUGACACAGCUGGAUUUGAAUCAGCUGUCAACAAUGCCGACGCCCACGGCAGCAGGACGUCCAGACAGGGAAGCGUUGUGGAGCGGCUCUCGAGAUAUGGCAUGCAGGUCAUGCCCAGUGCUUUCCAGCGUAGGUCGAGGCUGCAGAGGCAGCAAGAAGUCACUGACAGCUCCGCGCCGGGAGCACUCCAGGCAGACGCUCCGGAGAGAGGCUCGCUCACACCCGCUAUGCGUAAAAAAUACCUGAAAGAGUUGCUUUUGAGCAACCCAUCACAUAGCGGGUUUAGUAGCGUGCUGUCUUCGCAAACUCCCAGUGUGUCCUCCGAGCAGGACGCAGACUGGGCUCUGAAUCCGAUGGAGCACGCGUGGAUGCUGUCUGCAGUGGAGGGAAACUAUGAAACCAUACUGGAGUUCAUCUCCGUGGACCCUUAUCUGUUAACUAAGAAGGAUUUCAUCAGCGGGUACUCGGUCCUGCACUGGUUGGCCAAGAGAGGUAACGAUGAGACUCUGCUCAAACUUUUGCGGUACGCAGAAAGUGCGGGGAUCCCUGUGAAUGUGAACCUGCGGGGCAGCGGCGGGCUCACCCCGCUGCACGUCGCCAGCAUGCAUCGGCAGUACAUGGUCAUCAAGCUGCUGGUCGGAGCUUUCAGUGCCAACGUCGAUGCCAUGGAUUACAAUGGAAAAAGAGCCUGGCAGUAUCUGAAGGGAGACGCCCCGCCGGAGAUGAAGGAGCUGCUGGGGACCUGGGACGAAGAGCACAGCUGCGGAUGUGCGCAAAAUGUCAACAAAAACGUCAACAACAACAGCGCUGGCGCAAUGAACUUGACCGCGUACGACGAGGUCGAUGGUGGAGAGAUGGUGGAUGAAGUGACCUCCUUUGACCGGACUAAGAGGGGUGGCAGCUGGGGAUUAGGGUCUUUAAGGAAGCUGCUCCCCUCGUUUUCAUUUCUUGCAAACAAAAGAUGAGUGUUUGACAGAAGCCUUCAGAUGUGUGCAUUUUUUCAGUUGACUGUUUCAGUGGUUCCCAACCUUCAGAGGGGUCACACUGCAAAAUGUCUUCUUACCAAGUCAGUUUUGCUUGUAGUGAGUCCUUAACACUUCUGCCAGUGCAGCGAGAAUAUAUCUUCUUUUCCCCAGUGAAAACCUAUUUGUUUAAAGUAUUUGACAAACACACAUUGUCUAGUAAAUUCUUAAACGAGUUGAUUUCUAUUGGAAAUAGACUGAAAUGCCCACUGUACACUUUAGUUGCAGAUUGUACUGGUUGUUUCAAGAAAAUGAGGUUUACAGGGUUUAAUUAUAGGCAGAAAUCAUUUAAUAAGAUGGAGAUUCAGUGAUGAUCAAAGACAUAAGACAAAUAUUUGCAUUUCUUGUCUAAUACUUUCACCUCUUCAAAUUAAACGACCCGAGAAGGAAAACUGCUCUUAAUAUGUGGAGGGGUCACCAAGUAGACGUCUGAAUCAAAAAGGUUGUGAGCCACUGCACCAUACCAGGACAAUCCACAUCAAUAUUGCUAUUCAGGGUUCCUAUAAAGUCAUCUGGUUUUGGUUUUGUUUUGUCAAGUACUGGCAUUUGAGUAAACCCUUAAUUUUGCAUCAACUGUGUCACUGACCCUAACUUCAAUAAACACAUACUGCAUAUAA